CAAACUUCCUACAGAAGUGCCAACAUGGCGUUGACAACAGCCUUGGUCGUUUUCAGUAUUUUCCAUCUUUCAACCGGUCUGUAUUUUCAUAUUGGAGAAACUGAACGGAAAUGUUUUAUCGAAGAAAUUCCGGACGAAACUAUGGUUGUUGGUAAGAAAAUACUAAAACAUAUAUUAUUAUUUCACAAUAGCAAUUUGAUCUCUGGUCAGACACUCACUGCGGCUCAGAAGUCAGGGACCGGGUAAUAAAAAAAAUAUAAAAUUUAAAUAUUAUUAAAAUAAUAUAAUUAUAAAUAAAGGGAAUGCCCAGUGACAUUUUGUUUAAAAUGAUAGCUAAAAUUGACCAAAUGUUUCUGAAGGCCAGAGUAAACUUUUACAAUGUCCAGACCAAUAGUCCAAUGUCAGUAUCCCCACACAAAAAAAAACAAGUAACUUCAUACUUCAUAAUGUUGAGGGUUUUUGCAAUUUGGGUCACUCUAUCUAUAAAAAAAUAUAAACUAAAACUUACCGCCAAUUACAUGAUCAGCGAUGCAAUAGUGAUACUCAGUCUUACUUUUACUCAUAUUUUCAGAUGAGAUAGUCAAUGAAAUUAAAAUCGAAGUGUCUACACGUCCGGCGCGCCGGACGUGUAGUGCACAAGAUACACGUCCGGCGACUUGUCACGUGACCGCCGGACAUGGCCGGACGGCUAUUAGUUUUUAUAAUUCCAAACGAAGUACGAUUUAGUACAUCUUGUCUGGUCUUGUGGUAGAGUGGUUGCUUGACGAUAGGAAUGUUUGAGGAUCUAUACCGGGUUUAGGGUCAAAUUUUUUUCUUCCCAUUUUAAUUAAAAUAUUUUGUAUAUAUUUAUAUUAUCAUGUUCCUCAGCAACAGUAGUUUCAUGAGAAGUUUUUAAAUAUUUUGUAGCAAUUGAAAUAAUUUAAAAUGAAAUCUUCAAGCCACUUUCACUUAAGUUUCUUUUUCUAGUAUUUGCAUUCAAGAUACUCAGUACAUUACUUGGUAGAGAAAUAGAUUUUAAAAUUAACAAUAGUUUUGAAUUAUUCGCAGUCACGUGACAAGGCUGACCGACAAGAUAUCUCUCGCCACUUUGUUACGGCGGUCAUGUGACUUGGUCGCCGGACACAUAGUGUGGGAGAUAGACGUCCGGCGCGCGGACGUGUAGACACUGCCAAUUAAAAUUCAAUUCAAAGAUUGUCUGUAGGGGGUGUCGUUACCCUUUUGACAUAUUUUUUUGUAUGAGGGCGAGGGAACUUCCCCUCGUUUUGUUUACAAAAAAGUACACACAAAUUGAUAUUGUCAUUUCGUAAUUUCAAUUACAAACAAGGCCCACGCAUGGUAUUUUCACAGGUUGCAUGUUGCAGAAGUGGAUUAUGUAAAUUCAUUCUAUCCACUCCACUACUUUCUCAGUGUUUUCGCACUACUUUUUUUUUUUGCUCUACUGCCAUCUUUCUUACCCUGAUGACAAACAGGUCAUGAUAACAAAGAUAGCGGCUGUGUAAAAAAAAAUGUGGUGUAAAAACAUGUCUGCUAAAGUGUGGAAGGAAAAGGGAGAGAAUAUAUUGUUUUAGCUACUUACAGAGAGAAAUAAAAAUAAGGAAAGUGAAGAGAAUAGGUUAUUAUUUUUGAAAGAAAAACAUUUAAAUAAACGUUUUUUUAAAUGUGUGUUGCAAAAAUAUGAUAAUCUUAAAGAACAUUUAAUAAAUAAUCGGAAAUGAGAUUAAUUCAACAAAUUUUCAUUUUUAAAAAGUUUAAAAUUUGCAAAAACAUUGCUUAGUCAUUACCACUAGCUCAAGUUUUAAUUCACCCCUAAAUUAAGUCCUCCCUAACUUGAGCGUAAAUCUUCUAACCUAAAAUCUAUGAAUUAACGACAACCCUAAAAAACUACAUGUGCUUUUGCUACAGUUAUACACUGUACAGAGAACAUUGUAAAUUUGAAUAAAAUGAUUACAAUUACUCUUUAAAAUAAUGAAAACCCAACUUAGAGCUUUUUUAGUACUCAUUUACACACUUUAUAAAUCCAAAAGAUGUCAGAUAAGUCUAAAUCCAUUUUUCAAAAUGAUCAGACGAUCACAAUGACUAAAUAGCCUUGUUUUGAAAUAUUAUAAUUAAUGGCCAUAUGAAAUAUUAAUUUUAAAAAUCCAUUCAUCAAAAACAGUCAAUAGUUGUAUUAAUAUUUUAAAAAAUAGAAUAGUUAACUCUAGUAACAAUCUGCGACUUAGCUAAGGGGAAAGAAUCCUACACAGAAACUCAGUGUGACACAGAAAACAUAAAUUGCCUGUGAUUUAAAAUGAUAGAUUUUGAAUUUUGUACUUCUUUUGGAUUUUAUUUUGGGUGGAAAAAUAUAUUAGAAAUGAAACUGUUAGUUAGGUUUUCAUUUUUUAAAAUAAUAAACCAUAAAUUAUGCUUUCACUGCAAUAGUCUUGUCAGCUUUGCUGUUCCACCACAUCAUGCUCCACAUGUGGUCAUUGUUGAUGUCAGGAGAGGCAGUAUUGAUGAAUUUAAGGGUUCACAUUGUUUAGGAAUACAUGUCUGAUGUUUAACAGGGGUACAAUUUUACUGCUUGUUAAAGGUGCCAUUUACCUUAGAUGUGCCACUAAUCUAAAAUAAUUGACAUCUUUUAAAACCAUCCUUCUUAAUCAUAUUUAUUAUUCAUAUAAGACUCCCAAAUAUUAUGAUGAGCCAGUAAAAUUUUAAAAAAAUCAUUAAGGUAAAAGAAUUGUUCAAGUUAUCAUUAUUCCCUCUGGUUGAAUGUUAUUAUUUAUGAUCCUACCAGAAAAUAUACUCUCAACCCUCCCUUGAGCCGAUAUAAUUCAUAAAAUUUUAUAGAGGCUUUGUUUGCCUUAACACUAAGACUGCACUAAAAAGUUGAUUCAAUUUAUUUACAGAUGUGUCACAAAAUAUAUACUUUAUUUAAUGUACAUGUUCAUUUGAUCAUUUUUAACUUUACCAUGAUCUUUACCAUGAUCCAUGAUUCAUUUUACAAUGAAUUAUUUUACAGGGAUGUUCCAUUACUUAAAUCAAUUCUUUGACAUCAAUAAGUAUUCUAGUGUGUAUUGCUGUAAUUUUUCAGUGUUUAAAAUGUUCCUACUAUUUCAGGCAACUACAAAGUGGAAAUGUUUGACAAAAACAUAAAUGCCUUUGUCCCAACCAUGUAUGGGCUAGGCAUGCAUGUUGAAUGUAGAGAUCCAGAUGAUCGUAUAGUGUUAUCAAGGGUAAGCCACAAGGCUUUUGCCCUAUUAUGAUGCCUGUCUGUGCAUCCCCGCAUGUUUGUUGUUAGCUCAAGCUUACCAGCCUGUUCACUAAUAUUUUAGUCAUUAUCAUAACCAACUUACCUUUGUGGCAUAUGAAGAUGAUAUAGUAUUUUUUUAUAGAUUAGUAAUUUCAUAUUUGGCACACCUCCUCUCUUAAAACACUAAUCCUCCAAUCAAUAACUAAAUAUGUCAACCAAAUGUGUGUUUUGGAGCUCUCUUUUUUUUCUUCUAAAAGCUAUCGGCAUCUUGUGAACUCAGAGCUCCAAAUGCAUCAAAUCAACUUAAAUUCUAGAGACAUUGUUAUUAAGGAAAAUGAGUAAAUUCAAGUAUAACUUAUGCCAGCAGUAAUUCAAUAAUGGGAAGUUCCUUUACAUGGCAUGGAUGACAUGUGAACUUUAAUAUGCCAGUAUUGUGAUUAAAAUGUAACAAGUGUUAUUGUUCCCCACUCCUAAUUAUAAUUAAAUUAUGAUAAUUUUUCAAUCCAGCUAAAAAUAUUGAGUCUCAGCAUGUAGAACAUAAACCUGUUUCAAAUCUAAUGUUGUGACUUUAAAUCUGAAAAUAUGAUCUUCUCUUGAGAAACUAACACCAAUACCUAAACAAACCUCCAUGUUGUGGUUUUUAAAUAUCUUGUUUUUAUUGUUCAGUGUUUGUUUUUGUUAAAUAAUAAUUAGGUUCCUAUACUAAUUAUUAGACCCCACUAACAUUGCUUGGUUUUUAGAUUGCAUAACACACAACAAAAAGAGAUAAUUGAUUUCCGAGGUGCAAACUGAGAAUACAAUUUGUAAAGACUUUUAGGUACAUUUCUCCAUCUGAUCUGCUUUUUGCAGGUAAUUAUAAAGUACAAGCUUUUGACCACAAUGCUAAAGACUACAUGCCUGUCUCACCUGAUAUAGGCAUGCAUGUAGAAGUUUUUGAUCCUGAAAAUAAAGUUGUAUUAUCAAGGGUGAGUUUAACAUUUAAAGGAAGAGGGCAUUUUCAAAUAUUAAGAUGAACAAACUUUCUAAAUAUUACAUGUCAAAAGAAUAGAAAUUAUUCAGGUAUUAUUUUGGUUUAAAUUACAUUUUUUUUUUUUUUUGCAUUAAUCCUUGGCACCAAAUACCCAUAGCCUCUUUUAAAAACUUAAAUAAAUAAAACUGAUAAUGGAUUUGAUGAAAUUUAUUAUAGUUUUAAGAAAAAUAAAAUAGUAACAUGAACAUAAAUUGAAUCAUUCUUUUUACUGGUUUAUUUGUUUUUUACAUUUUCAAACUAUAGUAAACACUACAUGCAUGCAUGGUCACUGGUAUAUCUUCUAAUAUAUAUAUAUAUAGAUCAUUAUUUAAUGCACAUAAUUAUGCUAUAAAGUGUAUGUGCAUGGUCUAUUGAAUAUAAUUUCAUUAUAAUUUUGAGCAAAGUAAAUACUACCAUUAUUGAAAUUAAGUUGAAAUAUUUAAGGGCAAAAAGGGAAAUCUUGAGAGAAUUCCUUGGCUAAAAAUAAUUAAUAUUUAAAGACAUUAAAAACAUCUUUAUCUGCUUAAAUGGUGGUGGAAAAAUUCUAUGAUUCUUUUAGAUAGUAGGUUAUAUAAUUUAUUUUUUAAUUUAAAGUUUUCUUUUUAUCUCAAGACUGUAGAUGGGAAAAGUUUGUCAAUUUUUAUCUUAUUUUUUUUUUUAAUUUUGAUCUGUGAUGGAAUAGAACUCAGUGUAAUAAGCAAUUCUUGACGGAUCGAUAGUUAAAAAUAUAUUUGUGUAUAAUUAAGAAUGUUUUUUCAAGAAAUUUUAACGAUGCGACACAAUUUCAGACCUACGCUGCAGAAGGCAGAUUUACAUUUACGUCACACACAGCUGGUGAACAUGUCAUCUGCCUCAACUCAAAUUCAUCUGCAUGGUUCAAUGCUGGACAAUUAGUAAGUAUUUAAAUAUAAAAUGUAAAGUUGUUUUAAUCAGUUGUUGGGAUUAAUUUCAUACAUUCCUUAUUGGUGUUGAACAUUGUCAUAGGUUAAUUGUUUUGUUUUUUUCUUUUAAUGAUUUCCAUUUCUUAAAAUUCUUCAUGCAAUAGGAAAACCUUGUAUAGAUUUUUGUUAUAGAUUAUAUAUUUUGUAUCACAAUGUUGAGCAUGUUUAAACCUAUUACAUUAUUAACACUUUGAGGCCAAUAAGUAUAUAUUAUAAAGACACACUUAAAAUAUAUAUAAUUUUUUUCUGCCCUGAUGUUAACUAAUUUCUAUGAGUUGCUGAAGUUCUGUAAAAUCUGCACCAAUAAGAUGUUACACUGGCAUCUAGUUUAGGCAAUUUCAUAUCAUAUUUGCUCAAAAUCAUAGUGGUAAUUACUAUGGAACAAAUAGGCCGAAAAUCAUCCCUCUUUUUCUCAACUAUUCACCUGGCCAAAUAAUACUAUUUCUACUUAUGCGGCUCCGAAUAUUUAUUUAAAAGUUAAAAUUUUCAAGAUGAAUUUGAUAGCAAAUGGAUAAUACAUUUAAUUUUUCUUGCUGUAGUAAUACAGAUUCCUGUGACAACUACUGUUUUUGAAUAAUAACUUGAGGAUAAUUAAUUUUGAUAACUUAAUAACUUUUUUUUUUUUUUAAAGUUGAAACAAUCAGAAUGUCUUAAACCCACAUGUUUUAAUUGUUAAAGUUGUUAUACUCUUACCAUCUAAGUUACUACAACUUUAAAUAAAUCUUUUAGCCCACUUCUAGAUACUAAGAUAUCUGCUAAUUUUAGAUCAAUUAGUUUCAUUUUAUUAUUUGUACUUAUGGAUGUUUAAAUUUUCUAACUUAAGUUGAACACUUGACUGUAAAACGGAUAAAGGAGCAUUUGUUACCCACAUUUCUCUAAUUUGACAAGUUUAUGAUCUAAAUGAAGAAUUCAGGAUAAAAAGUAAAGUAAUAUGAAAUUAAAUGGAAAUUUAAAAAAUGCAUUAGACCAUAAAUCAAUUAAUUAAAUUAACAGAAAUAACAAGAAUAAAUAUUUUGGUAUUUAAAUUGAUUGGAUGCUUCAUAGUAUCAUGUGCUAAAGGUGCUGGGUGGCAGAGCGACUGAGUAAAUUCCAAGCUUGUCGACUAGAGUUCAAUCCCCAGCAAAAGUUUAGACAAACAAAAAAACAACACCAGCACCCAGGGUGGAUAGCAUUCAUUAACCUUGGAUGGCAACUCAUUUAUGAGAGGGCAAACCCUGAAAUCAAACAUGGAGAUAGAGUCCGGUAGGCAGUAUGAAAAUAUCGACAACUUCUGGGUCAUGGAACCCAUUAAGAGCACAGUGAGACACAAAAAACACUGCUGGCCAUCUACUGCAUCUUGAUCCAGUCAUCUUUGACUAAGUCUUGCCAUUUGAACAAAUAGGCAAGGAUGUGAGAGUGAGGCUGACAAAUUGAGCAACUCACCCUCACUUUAAACAAAACAUAGUUCAAGUCAAGGCUAGUUCUCAAGGUGGCCUGUGUGAUGGAAAUAUUAACAAGAAAUAUAAAAUAUUUCUUACUCAAAAAGUUAUCUAGAUUAGCACAUUAUAAUUUGUUUUCCUUCUUUUGUGUUCUUUUCAUUUAAUUCACUAAGUAAUAUUUAAAAACAAAAAUUAAAAAAAUAACCUGUUUCUUGAAAUAAAAGUUAGAAAACCUUGGUGUUGAAAUUAAGAAUGUGAUAGGGAAAGUUGAUACAAUUUAAAGUGGAAUGCAGUACAUUCAGCAAUAUUUAAACUUCACAGCAUCAAUAAAAAAUCAAAUAAAUGAACUUAAAAAUCAAAUAAAUGAACUUAAAAUUCAAAUAAAUGAACUUAAAAAUCAAAUAAAUUAUCUAAUUUGUUGCUGCUGGAUUGUUAUUGUCAGAAUUUAUUUAAGAAAUUUGUGUGUAAAGUACCAUAUUCUCGUCCCAGAGGGUUCAUUUGGACAUCAAUGUUGGAGAACAUGCCAUUGACUACCAGCAAGUUCAGACUAAGGACAAACUGACAGAGCUUCAGCUCAGAGUUAGACAACUUCUGGACCAAGUGGAACAAAUAACUAAAGAACAAAACUACCAGAGGGUAGGUAGAAAUAUUAUUGAUUGGAUUUUUUUUUUCAAGUUAUUUUCCAAUAUUGAGUGAUUUUUGUAUGAUUGUGCUAGUCACAUUACUCACAGUAUAUUUAACAGAAUGUGAAAUCCAAGAAAAACAGUUAUUUUAAUUUUUUGGGGAUCUUAGUUUUUUAACAUAAUUUUACUUUAAAAAUAAAGCUACCUUUAAGACAGCUUUGGCAAAUUUAUCAUAUCUGAUACAUCGAAGAAAUUUAUCAAUAUUAUUGCAAGUCAUAAUGAUUGAGUUGUUAAAAUUUUAUCGUAUGUUAAAAUAACUUACAUUUGCAAGAUACACACUGAUUUUAAAUCAAAGCAUAUUUUAAAGUGUAAUUUAUUAGUUUCCUACCGCAAAAACAAAAAAGAUUAACUGCUUCCAUUUUAAAUGAAAGUCAAGCUGAAUUUAAUCCUCCAUAUAGAGCUGGCUUCAUUGUGUGCCCUUUUUAAUCCUGCAUGACUUCUCCUUUUCCUUCCAACAUCUAUUCACUGUUUAAAUGUCUAACAUUUCAGGGUAUAUAACUCUUGAAAAUGUACUCUUUGUUAUUUAUGCCCUUACUUAUCCUAACUUUCUUCAGUAUCGAGAGGAAAGAUUCAGGCAAACAAGUGAAAGCACCAACCAGCGUGUCUUGUGGUGGUCCAUAGCUCAGACUCUUAUACUCCUCAUCACAGGCUUCUGGCAGAUGCAGCAUCUUAAGAGUUUCUUUGAGGCCAAGAAGCUUGUUUAAUGAAUGUGAGAAUGUUUGAUUGAAUGAAUGUUGUAGGCAAAUUUUUACAAUUCAUUAAUUUGACUUUAUAUGCCAGGAGUUUGGGUGGGGGAAAUGAUAUUUAAAAUGCUAUAUUGAAAAUGCAGUAGUUUGUCAUUUAACGUCACAGUUUGUUUUGGGAAAGGAAGUGUUAAAGGAGCUACUUGUUCAAUGAGAUUUUCGCUGAUGCUUGUGGUUCCAUUUUUAGUUGUUUGAGAAUGUCUGUCAAUGUGUGGAGCAAGUGAAGAAGAAUGAAAUCAUUGUGACAUAUAUAGAGGCUUUAACACAAUACCAAAAGUUUUUACACAUCAAACAAGCAGCAACUCUAUAAUACAUCCUUAUCAUUGACUUCCUCAUAGGAUUUUUUUGGUUUAAUUUCAAGGUAGUGAACCAGUAAAAGGAUUAUAACUCUAAAUUCUAGAAAUUAUUAUUAUUAAAUAUUUCAACAGUUAGUGACAAUCAGAAUUAAUAUUUUAACUUGCCACAACUCAAUUAUACAUAGGCAGCAAUCAAGACAGUUGGAUGGAUUUUGGGUAAACUUAUAGUAUAGCAACUUACUGAAAUAAGACUCUUAACAAUUUUUCUAAAACCAAGCCCUUCAGAAAAUAAAUUAUAAAAACAUACAAGUAUUUUGUUUAAAAAAAGUUGUUGUUUUUUAAAUUUAGCACCAGAGUAGUACUGAUUUGCAAAUGGCUAUUUGAUGUGUAAGAAGAAUGAUUACUUUGCAGUUUGGUGUGUUUAAUUUUUUUGACUAUAAUCAAGUACAAAAGCUGUGAAUGAAGUUGUACAUUUCCAAUACAUCUUUUAAAAUGUGUCCAUGAAUGUUGAUAUUGUCAUGCGGUGUAGGUAAUGCUAAAAGUUUCUGAAUUUUUCCAUUAAUUUAUGCAUUUAUAUACUUUCGAGUUUGGUAACUGUCCAUUUAUGUGUGUGCUCUCCAAAAUUUGCUAACUGCAAACUAGGACUGAUGUAAUCUGAUAUUCUCUUUUAAUUCAUAAAUUCUAUGAGCACAGUGUAUUAUAAAUUCUGAUUUAAAACCCACUGGAUAGAAUUGUUUUGUAAGCAUUAGCGCGGCAGCUUGUUAAGUUCUGUCGGUGAGUGUUUUUUUAAAAAAUAUUCUUUUGAUUUUGUUAUUCUCUUGUUUUUUUCUGUCGGUUAAUAAAUUGUUUUCGUCAAGGUAAAAAUUUUUUUUUUCUCGUACACUUGAUUACUGUAACCCUUGCUUUUCAAAAAACCUGCCUACACCACAUUUUAACAAUUCCUAAAUAAAUAAUGUAUCUUAGUCAAUAGUCAAGGGUAAAAAUUUGACAAAUUUAAAUAAUUACCAUUUAAAAUAUAAAUUUUAUUUUUAAAAAUAUGUGAAUCUGGCACGCUUUGUAAUUAAUCAUUUUUUUUUUUAUAGACAUUUUUAUAAAAAUAAAAUUUAAAUUUAAUGCUAAAACUUUUGAGAUGAAUACUGGAAUUUAUGUGUUAUUGUACUUCUCUUAGUCAAAUUUGUGCCUUUAUUUAAUUUGAAACGUGGAAAUAAAUGGAUUUCAGUGUUUAAUUGUAUUAAUAUCUAUUAAGCAUAAGUCAGUGGUCAACAUUUUUUAUGCUGAGCUAUGGGCAAUGAUUAUAAUUUAAAUGCAAAUAUGUCGCAAUAGAUACCUUAUUUGAAAAUGUCAGAGAACUAUAUUAAGACUGCUUUCUAGAAUAUAACAAUUGAAAUUCAGCGGUAUCUUAGCUUAAUUCUCAUGUGUUGUUAUCCUUAGCACCAUCUAAUAUAAUAUUGGGUAUAAAGUUUAUAAAUGCAUGAUCUGAUAAGAAUCACUACUACCAUAGCAAAAAUUGAAAUCGUCUCCACUUCACUUUUUUCAGUCUGUUUUAUUAUCAGGAGUGAAAAUAAAAUGAAAAUUUUCAUUUGUUUAAAUAAUUUGAUGAGAGGCUUUUAACAUUUUAAUAAUGACUCAGGAUGCUCUUGACAUUAUCCACUACCAAGAACUUACCCCAUGCUUUCAGUAGAUAAGUAAAUACUAUUUAUUAGAUAUUAGAUUUUACUAAAAUGCAUGGCAAUCCAUAGAAAUAUAGAAAUACUCUAAGGUAUGUCUUGCUAGCAUGGUAGAUUAGCUUUGGUUCAAUUAUCAAUUUUUAGUAUUAAUGUUUAAGUACCUGUCUGGUGAAAAAAAAAUCAGUGAACUCAAUUUAAUAUCCUUUUUUUUUGGAAAAUUUUCAAAAUAAAUUUACUGUUAUCCUAUGAUUUUAAAAAUAAAUCAAGUAUGUCUUUUUUCUAUUUGUUGUACUUUUUGUAUUUCUUUGUCU